AUGGAAGGGGGUGAAAGUAGUAAAACUGAGAACCCUAAUUGGGAAAUUGAAUUAAGCAAGUAUGAGAAUGUUAUAGCUUCAGGAACCAAUUCUAUGAAAAUUAAAGCUAUGAUUAUGCUGCUCAAUUACUCCAAACAAGCCCCUGAACAUGUAUUAUCCAGCACCAUACCAUUUCUCAUUGAUAUUCUUGAUCAUGACACUGAAAAUGAUUCUCAUCCUAGUUUACUUCAAGAAUCUGCUGCUUAUUGCUUGAAGUGCAUUGCUUGCAGAGGUGAUGGUAGUAUGGCAGUUGAAAUGAGUAGACGCGGUGUUACACAUUCUUUGAUAAGAUUGUUGCCUCGUGCCGAGGGAAAGAUGCAGAAAGUUUUGAUAAAAUGUUUGUUGCUUGUUGUUAGUUUUUGUAAUACAAGUAGGACAGUUGUUGCAGCUAAUGGCGGAUUGGAAAUUGUAAUCGGUUUGUUGAAUACUUGUAGCAGUGACGUUAGAUUGUAUUUGUUAGCGAUUUUGAGUGUGUUGGCGCUUCGGAGGGAAGUUAGGAAGGAACUUGUUAGGUUAGGAGAUCUUCGUUUUAUUGUAGAGGCUGCUGGUGUUGGAAGUAUGGUUUCUAGGGAGAGAGCGUGCCAAUCGGUUGGAUUGAUUGGGGUUACGAGACAGGCUAGGCAUACACUUGUUGAAUUAGGAGUUAUACCGGUGCUUGUGGAAUUGUUUCGCGUUGGAGAUAUUGGUUUGAAGCUUGUAGCUGGUAAUACUCUCGGUGUGGUAUCGGCUCAUGUUGAUUACAUUAGACCAGUUGCUCAAGCUGGGGCUAUUCCUCUUUACGCGGAGCUUCUUCAAGGACGUGAUGCUUCUGGUAAGGAGAUAGCGGAGGAUGUGUUUUGUAUAUUGGGUGUUUCUGAGGCUAAUGCUGUUGAAAUUGUUGGUCACUUGGUGAGAAUUCUUAGAGAUGGUGAUGAUGAAGCUAAAGCAGCAGCUGCUGAUGUGAUAUGGGAUUUGUCGGGAUACAAGCAUGCAAUUUCUGUGAUUCGGGAUUCAGGUGCGAUCUCGAUCCUUGUUGAACUUUUGGGUCAUGGAAGUGACGAAAUAAAGUUGAAUGUUUCUGGGGCAUUUGCUCAACUAAGUUAUGAUGAAGCUGGUAGAACGGCUCUUGCUGAUGCUGGGGCAAUUCCAAUUCUUAUUGACCUACUACUCAACGAGACCGAGGAACUAAGGGAUAAUGUUGUUGAGGCUCUUUCCAAUUUUCAUGAAGAACCGUUAUACCGUGAUAGAGUAUCUGAAGUAGUUAAUGUUGCUUCGUUCAGAAAUUUGCAAAAUAGACUAAUUAGUAUCCGUGCAUCGAACGAGCAUAUGACUAGAUCUUUACGUAGAACGAGUGUUGAGCAGCUCAUCUGGAACCCGGAUCAUGUGUAA